GUGUUAAACGGUUUCCGGUUGUUUGACUGUUUCUGAAUUUAAUUUGAUUAAAUAAAAAAUUUUAUAGUGCCUUAGGUGAAUGCAAAUUUCACUGUUAAAUGCAAAUAGUUAAUCUUAUAGCAGCGAUAUGGCAGAAGGGUCUUACAUGAAAAGCAAACCCUUGCACUAUACCAUAGUUCUUGCAGCUGCUUGCUUGUGUUACUACAAUGCUAUUCAUUGUGGCUUUGUAUUUGAUGAUAUCUCAGCAAUUAGAGACAACAAAGAUCUCAGACCUUCCACACCUUUAUCUAAUAUUUUCUUCAAUGACUUUUGGGGGACCCCAAUCCAUAAGGAACAUAGUCACAAAUCAUAUCGACCUCUUUGUGUCUUAACUUUUCGUUUAAAUUAUGCUUUACAUCAGCUAAAUCCCUGGGGUUAUCACUUGUUAAAUGUAGUACUUCAUGUAUUAGUCUGCCUUUUGUAUCUGCGAAUUUGCCAGUUGUUUCUACCUAUAACUGCAAGUUUUGUGGCUGCCUUACUAUUUGCUGUUCAUCCAAUUCAUACAGAAGCAGUAACUGGUGUUGUAGGCAGAGCUGAAAUUUUGUCUUCUCUGUUUUUCCUUUUGGCAUUUCUUUCAUAUGUAAAAUGUAGUCGCUCCUUUCAAACUACAGAUUGGCAGCUUUUAUUAUCUACUUUAGUGUUUAUAAUCCUUGCAACUUUAUCAAAGGAACAAGGCAUUACUGUUGCUGGAGUUUGUUUCAUAUAUGAAUUAUUUAUUGUGCAGAAGUUACGAUUUACAGAUAUAUUUCACAUAGUACAGUCUCUCAUUGUAUCAAAAAGUUCACCCCCUCCAUGGUUGCAAAACAUGGUUAUUCGUCUAACUGUUAUCAGUGUAACUGCUAUUUGCCUUCUUGUAGCAAGAUUUAAAAUAAUGGGAGCACAGUUGCCUGUUUUUACUAAGUUUGACAAUCCGGCAGCUGUUUCAGACACUCCUACUAGGCAGUUGACAUAUAACUAUCUUUUGCCUGUAAAUGCUUGGUUAUUAAUAUUUCCAUCUGACCUCUGUUGUGACUGGACAAUGGGAACCAUUCCUUUAGUGGAAUCUUUUCUAGAUCCUCGUAACAUUUCAACUCUUUUUUUAUAUUGUGUACUUGGUGCUAUGAUGUGGAUAAUAUUAACAUCAGAUUCAAAACAUUCUCAACUAAUCACUGUGUCUCUUUCUCUUUUGAUACUUCCAUUUCUUCCGGCAUCAAAUCUAUUUUUUCCUGUUGGAUUUGUUGUAGCAGAAAGAAUUCUUUACACUCCAAGCAUGGGAUUUUGUCUGCUAGUGGCUUAUGGAUGGUAUUUGCUAUACAAAAAAGUCGAAAGGAAGUCUUACAUUAUAUUCUGCAUUGGCAUUGUUUUGCUGUUUCAUUCAAUGAAAACAGUGCUGCGAAAUAAGGAUUGGGUAUCGGAAAAAGACAUAUUUGCAGCUGGGUUAAAAGUUAACCAGAGAAAUGCCAAACUUUACAAUAACGUAGGCCAUGCUUUGGAAAGUCAGGGCUUAUUUAAAGAAGCUUUGCAGUACUUCUUACAGGCAUCUGUUGUACAACCUGAUGAUAUAGGUGCUCAUAUGAAUGUUGGUAGAACUUAUAAUAACCUUAAAAUGUAUGAUGAAGCUGAGCAAGCAUUUUGGAAAGCUAAGAAUCUUUUACCUCGACCCCGUCCGGGUGAAGCCUAUCAAGCACGUAUUGCUCCUAGCCACCUGAAUGUGUUCCUUAAUUUAGCAAACUUAAUAUCCAGAAAUGGCACUAGGCUUCAAGAAGCUGAUGCUUUGUAUCGACAAGCAAUUGGGAUGCGUGCAGAUUAUAUUCAAGCAUACAUAAAUAGAGGAGAUAUUCUUAUAAAAUUAAACAAAACUGCUGAGGCACAAGAAGUUUACGAAAAAGCACUGAAACUUGAUGCCAAUAAUCCAGACAUCUAUUACAAUUUAGGUGUUGUACAUUUAGAACAAGGUAAACUUCCUGAUGCUUUAGCAUUUUUUGACAAAGCUUUAGAUAUUGAUCCUGAACAUGAGCAAGCCUUAAUGAAUUCUGCAAUAUUAAUACAAGAAAGUGGGAAUCUGCAGAAACGGAAAAUAGCAUAUGACAGAUUAAAUAAGCUGUUGCAGAAGGGCAAAGCCAAUGAGCGAGUUUAUUUCAAUCUUGGAAUGCUAGCUAUGGAUGAUAAGAAAGUGUUGCUAGCAGAAAAGUGGUUUAAGAAAGCAAUUCAGCUCAAGGAAAAUUUCCGAAGUGCACUUUUCAACCUGGCAUUGUUGCUUUCUGAUGAUCACCGUCCUUUAGAAGCAGUGCCAUUCUUGAAACAGCUAUUAAAAUACCAUCAUGAUCACAUAAAAGGUUUGAUACUCCUUGGUGAUAUUUAUAUAAAUCAACUGAAAGAUUUGGAUGCUGCACAGAAGGGGUAGCCUAUCCUGGAAUGAAAUGAUAAGUAUACUGGUAUUUUCUUGUUUCAAUGUAGGCUUUUGGUGCUGAUUAUAACAAAGAGUCGAAAUACUGUUGCCAUCCUUAAAAAUAUAAAAAAUAUUUUUAAUCACAUUUGAAAAUAUAAUGCAUAUUUCUUGUUAUUCAGUUACUGAGAGUUUAUAUAUCUUAUAUUAGAUGACCAGUUUAUACCAGUCAUUGUAAUUACAUUGAAAACAAAUUUAAUUCCUUUAAUAGCUGUCAAAGUCUUCACUCAUCACCCUGAUAUUAUGUAUUAUAUACCACAGUGGUAACAACCAGCAGAAAUGACAUACAGUUUUCUUGUAUUUGCUUUUAAAAAUAGCACUCAUCUUUGGCAACACUGCCAAACAUUAGAUCUUAUUUUUUUUUUUUUUUUUUUUUUAAUGGAAGUUAAUGUUAACAUUUCCAAGCAGAAUGUUUUCCUUUCAUGCUUCCAGUACUUAUAAAACUGAAUCAGUUUGAAGCUGCAUUUAGUAGUUUUAUGAAAUUAUGAAGAACUGCUGCUGAAAAUGUCACCAUUGCUCUUUUACUCAAAAAUUUUUAACUAUUUCAUGACUUAAAAGUUUUUGUUAAUUUGUGAAAAAUUCAUAUUUUUUUCCCUAAAUUUCACUCUAGCAUAUCUUCACUUUUACAUUACUGUCUGAGUAAUGAAAUUACAACCACUAUGGAAUAAGAAAAACUUUAAACAAGUCUUCUCAAUUAUUCACAAUAUUAUACAGAAAAAGAAAAGUUUGUAAUUAAAAAAAAAAAAAAAAAAAAAGUAACAAUUAAAGUGUGGAAGAUUUGUCAGUCUCAGUUAUAUGGAUUAGUGCAGCAUUCCAAUUUUACAAUUAAAUGUGAUGAUGCUGUGUCGUAUUUGAUAUAUAUAGUUUAGGCUGUUUUUGUGAAUGAGAAAUUUAGGUUUGGUGCUUGGAAGGUUUUGCACAUUCUUUAUAAAACCUAUUUUUGUACUUGUGAUGUACUGAAUUUUAAAAAUUGCUGUGUGCCUCAAAAAUGUUAAUGUGAUGGAACCAAAGUAUUUUAUUAUGUAAAUCUACGUGCUGUUUUGUGUUUGUUCUAAAUAUCAUAUCAUAUAUAUAAAUAUAUGGAAUUUUCUCAAGAUCUUCAUAUGCUCUAUAUCAAAAUCUUUGAUAUUUCACUGGAAAUAAUUUAUUAUUUUUGGUUUCACUAUGUACAGUUUAAUUUUCAAUAUAUUUCUGUGACUUCAGAAUUUUUUGCAGAGAUUCCAUGAGAAAAGUAUCUGAUAAAAAUAUGUAUCAUGAUUCUGUUAUGUGAAUAAUUAUGUUAUUUCAUAUCCAGAAGCAAGGGAAAAAUAUUUUAAUGUUAACGUUGUUCAAUGUAAAACUUUACUACUUUCCAUUUCGUUAAAAAUUUGUAGAACAUUUUAUACAUAAAAAUGUUGUUAUUUCACGAGUUAGAAUACUUCAUGUAAGUAGCUUUUAUCUAUUUAAAAAAAAUAUAAAUUUUUUAGUAUGAUUGUUUUUAGCAAUACUAUCAUAAUAAUAACAGUAUGUCUUGGAACAGUUAUUAAUUUUUAACUAAUUGCUCCACCUAUAAUCAAUGUAGAAAUUUUAGUAACAUUAUUUGUAAUAUGAAGUGAUUGGAAGAAAACUUCAUACUGCUACUAAUGCUGUAGAGUUUGUAUAUGAAGAUACUGGUGGUCAAUUGUAUAAUUUUAUAUGUAGAUUUAAAACUUUUAAAAAAUAUAUAACUGAAAGGAAAGUAUUUGUCUUUUCAUUGGAGUAAAUGUCUCACAUAAGUAUUUCAUGCAUUUUAUUUUGGUUUAUGUAAUUAGUAAGUAUCCUGCUUAAUAUUUUAAAUUAGGAAAUUUUAUCUAUGUUAAUUUUCAUUUGCUUGCAGUUUAUUUUCAUAGAAACCUUUAUGAUAUGUAAAAGUUAUAGCAAUGUAGCAAAUGCAAAUCUAAAUUUAGUAAUUUAGUGAUUAGUUCAUCUGAACAUCAAGCAAACAAACUCAUGAAAAUUAUUAAAUCUCUUAUAAUAUAAUCUAUCACACAUGACUUUAAAAGUACUUAAGUACAUAUUUUUAAUAAGCAUUGUUGUAGAUAUGUACAUAAUUUUGUUUUAAAUUUUCAAAAAAUUACAUUUUAAAGUUAAUUACCUUGUUUGUGAAAAUAUAGAUCACAAUCUGUAUUGGUUCUCUUGAAUUGGUAUUGGUAGUCAACACAUUGAACCUUUUGAAAUUCAUUUUGUUUUGAAACUUAUGUAACUCAAUGUAGCAACUUAUCUUUUUUGUCUUUUGUAGUAUUUUUUAAGUAAUGUUCUUAGUUUUGGUUAUUUUAGGAAUUUUAACCAUUCUUAUCCUCAUAAAUAAUUCUUUUAAGAUGUUAAUUCUUACUUUAUGUGAGGGAGAUCUCUCAGCACAUAUAUUUAGGCACAUAAUUAUUGAAGCAAAAUUAUUACAUAUGCAGUUGUCAAAUUUUCAAAUAAAAUACGUAUUCAUGAGCUUAUUUCCCAAAGGGGUAACCACUUAACAGUUUUGCCGAUACAUCAUGCAAGCAACCCUAUUUUUUGCGCAGGACAUCUCAUUUUCAAAGUUUUAGGUUUUCAGUAACCAUGUCAUUUAUUUUUGUUUACUUUUUCUGUUUUUAGAUGGCAUUAGCUGAUAGUAACAGCAAGUUUAUAAAGUACUUUAAUGUACUUUCUUACAGAUACACUCUCUGCUUUCUUAUAGAUUCAUUCAUCUGUUUCAUUCUUCUACUCUCUAACGAUAGAAUGAAUGAUUUAGAUGAAUGAAUACUUUUUGCAUCUGCUUUCGUAUAGAUACAUUGUGUUGGAUUUGCUAAACAUUUAACUUAGAAAAAUUGUAUUUCAAAUUAAUGAAAUUUUAUAAUCUUCUUAACGAAAGCAUACAAAAUAGCUUUUGAUGUAAUUUGCAAAUUUUCGUUUGUUCCUUGUUUUAAAAUAUACCAAAAAAAUAUUUUUUCUGUACCAUUUCUUGUUUUAAAAUAGAUGGUAGAGAGAUGAAAUAUUAAGUUAUAACUAAAAUUUCUAUAUGUGUAAGAAAUACGAAAUGGAAAAUGUUUAUUGUUGCUGGUAUGUGUUAAAAAGUCAAUAUUACAGGGUAUUGUAAUUUUUAUCUGUCUCUGUAUAUAUUUUAUUUUUGAAAAUAAAUGAUUUCUCAUGUAUAAUUCAUCUAAAAAUGAACUUUUCUUUCAAACUUUGUUAAAAAAAUAGACACUUUUCGGUCGAUUACUGAAAUUUGUUUUGCUGAGAAAUGAUUAAUAAAAUUUUAGUUUGGCUAAUGUCAGAAUUAUGUUUUCAAUAUCUGCAGUGUUUUGAAAUUGUUAUAAAUGCAUGAAAUGUGUUUUAAAAUGAAAGUAAUGAGAAGGAAAAGAUUUGCUAUGCAUAUUACAUGUGUGCAAAAACAAGAAAAUUGUUAAAUUUUAUUUAUAAUCCUUUACAUAUCCUAUAUACUUUUUACUAAUAUAAAAUUUUGUAGUGUUUGGAUGCGAUAAUGAAUGACAUACAUUCCAUCCCUUUUGCAUUUCAUAUUUUAUUUUUAUUUAGAAAUGGUGGAGCAUAAUUUUGAAUCUGAUGUAAUUUGUGUACAAAUAUUUUAUGAAAAUUCAUCAAUGAAAUUCUUAAAUUUUCGUUUCUUUUAACCUAGUGCAUGGGUUACCUAGCAUCUACUUUAUAGUUAGAUCAUAUUUUAUGCUGACAAAGGUUUCUCGUCUCAUAACUUUUCCUUAUUUUACUCAUAUGCAGUUACAGCAUGCCACAUGGUUGCUGUUUGAAUGAUCUUUGUUUUAAAAUUUAAUACAAUUUACCAAUUUUUAAUUGUUUUGAAAUUUUUGUAACAACAUUUGGCUCUUUCUGAGCAUUUGCAUUCACUGAAAAAUAUUUAUGAGUCAAUGCACUAUUUUAGCAAAAUUGUUCUGUAGCAAACCAGGGCAUCACCAAAAUAUAUUCCUGUGGCAAGCAUAGUAUAUGUACAGCAGACAUAAGUUGUGGUACCCAUGGACUUUCACCUUCCAAAUUUGAUAGUUAUUUUUCUGAUUAGUGCUUGUUUUUGCAUUGACAAAAUUUUUUUUCCUUCUAACAAAGUACAAUGGAAUUGUAGAGUUUGACAAAUUUAAAAAAAAAAAAAAA